AUGGCCGCGGAGGCACCCAAGGGCGAGUUGCUAAAUGGCACGGCCCUCGCGGCUGUCAAGGAGCACGAGGAAUCCCGCGUUGCCAAACUCUCGCUGCCGGGCGGCAAGACGCUCGACCUGCCAAUCCUGACGGACGCGGCGGGCAACACUUUUAUUGACAUCAGGCGGCUGCAACCCACGACUGGGAUCUGCACUUUUGACCCGGGUUUCACAAGCACAGCGGCCUGCGAGUCAGCCAUCACAUACAUUGACGGCGGCAAGGGCGUGCUCCUCUACAGGGGCUAUCCUAUUGAGCAGCUUGCGGAGAAGGGGGACUUUUUCGACGCAGCCUACGUGCUGCUCCACGGGGACCUCCCCACCAAGAUCCAGAAGCGCAAGUUCGAAGUGGAGAUCAAGCGUCACACGCUGGUUCACGAGCAGCUGAUCCAGUUCUACAAGGGCUUCAAACACGACGCUCACCCCAUGGCCAUCAUGGUGGGCGUGGUGGGGGCGCUGUCUGCCUUCUACCGGUCGUCCUCAGAGGUCCACGACCCGACGCAGCAGCUGCGCGCGUGCAUGCGACUCAUCUCCAAGAUGCCCACGCUGGCGGCGCUCGCGUACAAGACGUCCCGAGGCAUGCCCAUCAUCUACCCCCGCAACGACCUGUCUUAUGCUGAGAACCUGCUCUACAUGAUGCACGCAUCACCUUGCGAGCCGUACAAGUUUGUGCGUGAGGUCACUGGUGUCACGCCGACGCGCGGAGCAGCGAGUGGUCAAGCAGCUGCGGCGCCCGCCGCCAAGCCGCAUCAAGCCGGAUUCAGCCGCAUCAAGCCGCCCUAG